UCUUGUCACAACCGGCGUCGUUUUCUCCACGUAGAUACUCCUCACAUUUUCUCCUCCGGCUCCACCGGCUAUUCCCAGUAACCUUCUCUCCUCCCUUGCUCUUACAACUUGACAGUUCUAUUUUCCUCCUCUCUUCUCACUAUAAGUACAACCACUUCUCAGCAGGUAUAAUUUUUCUUUCUUCUUCCUCUUCUUUUGUUUGUCAUUAUCAUUCGUCCACUUCAUCCAGUCUCUCAUUACCGUCUGCCCAGUUCGUCCCCCCUCUUUCGCCGACCGUUUUCCGGCAAAACGCCGGUGAUUUCGUGCACUGCCGGUCGUCAAACUUUCUCAGUUCCCCUUAUUCUUCUUCGCUCUCUCAGGAAACAUAGUUUGAAAUGGAGGGAUUGGGACUAAGAAAUAUGAGUUCGCAUUGUUCAAUAUCUGAAAUGGACGACUAUGGUCUAUCGCGCCUUCUUGAUAAGCCGAGUCUGAACAUUGAGAGGCAGAGAUCGUUCGAUGAGAGGUCGCUUAGUGAGAUUUCCAUUGGCUUGGCACGUGGUGGCCUUGAUUAUUGUGAGAGCAUGUACUCAACGGGUGGCCGGUCGGGGCUGGACACGCCGGUUUCCUCUGCUAGGAACUCGUUUGAACCCCAUCCCAUGGUGGCCGAGGCCUGGGAGGCUCUUAGAAGGUCCCUUGUUCAUUUCAGGGGUCAGCCUGUCGGUACCAUUGCAGCAUAUGAUCAUGCCUCCGAAGAAGUUUUGAACUAUGAUCAGGUUGGGUUUUGAUUAUUUUUUGUGGAAAGGGUUUGUGUGAAAUAUGGGAUCUUUUGAGAAAUUACACAGAGAAAUGUUUAGACCUGUUAAUUAUGAAUUUGGAAUUACAGCAAUGUAAGAAAAGAGGGUAUUGAGUUGCA